UUGAAGGUGUUAUUGUGCAGUAAUGGGACGGGAGGGAGUAGGUUAGAGUACACGAAUACGGUAAAAGAGAUUAAAAUUACCGAUCCCUCCUGCGAUGCAGCUGUUAAUUUGUUUGCGGUAUUAUGCUACUGCAAGUUUUCAACUUAUUCUGGGAAACACAAUGAAUGUUUCUCAGCCCACAGUCUCCCGCAUAGUAUUUAGGGUGAGUUCACUAAUAGGCAGUCUGAUGACGGACUAUAUCAAGUUUCCCAGGGAUCCGGACAAUUCCACUCAAAAUCGCAGGUUAUUCAAUAAUCUGGGACAGGGAAACGGAGCUAUUGGUUUACCAGGUGUGGAUGGCGCUAUUGAUUGCACCCACAUUAGAUUAACAGCAUCCAGAUUCAACAACAUGGAAGAAAUGUACAGAAAUAGAAAAGGAUAUUUUUCAUUGAAUGUUAAGGUACAAUGAAAUCCAGAUCAGAACCCGACAGAUAGUAGAAAGAACGUUCGGUGUUUGGAAGCGCCGUUUUCCAUGUCUUACAAGGGGUUUGACAACGAAGGGCCGUAUUCAGAGUUGCAACUUAAGCAAGGACUUAAGACGUUCUUGACUAAGAUCGUCUUAUUCGAAUAAGCAAUGCUUAAGUCGCUAUGUAUUCAGAGUCGGAGAAUAAGACCGACUUAGUUAAGGAAACGAUGCUGAAGCUUUGCUUAGUGAAGUCCAUGCUUAAGCAAUGCUUAUUUAACGUUCGGCUAUUUCCGUCGAUUUUCUACUGUAACAACCAAUGAAAAUGAUUCUUAAAAAUGUAGCAUUAUUUCUUACUUAGUGACGCGGUUUUUGAAUUGAAUUCAAAUAAUUCAGCGAGCGAUAGACAGAGUCAAAUUUAUUAAUAAAAAAAGCCAAAUUUAUUAAGAACAAUUUUCUAAUUAAUGUUAUCACAUACGUUAUAAAAAUCUCUUAUAUUUAAAGUUCCAUUCUGAAAUACGAACACAAAAUAACACAAAAUUGAACUUACGACUGAAAUUACUGGUUCAAGGUAUAGGUUGUGAUAUGACUGAGGAUGAGGGUAUUUUAAUCAAUAAAUUAAACCACUUUGAGCCGAAAGAAUAAUGAUUAUUUAUUGGCUCGAUAGGCAUAAAAAACCCCUUAUUACAUUUCAUUUGAUACAAUUACUCAAUGAAACGUACAAGCAAUGAGUGCUUCACGUGUAGCAAAUCCAUCAAUGCCAUUAACAUUUUCCACGUUUCCUAAUAAUUCUUCUCCAUCUUCAUUUUGGUUUUCAAUUUCAUCUCCUUCUACAAGAAGAACAACUACCGUUGUUGUGGAACAUAAGAAUUUCGUUGUCAAACCCCGUACCUGUGUCGAUCGAAUAAUUUAAUGUUAAUUUGUGCAUCAAUCAGUCGAGUAAAAUAUUAAUAUGGUUAAUUUCAAUGAAUAUUGGGUAAAAUAAAUAACUUAAUGACAUA